AUGGGUCGCAUGCACUCCAAGGGAAAGGGUAUCUCCUCGUCUGCCCUGCCAUACCGACGAACUCCCCCCUCGUGGCUCAAGACUACCCCUGAGGAGGUCUCCAACCAGAUCUUCAAGCUCGCCCGAAAGGGUCUCACCCCCUCGCAGAUCGGUGUUCAGCUCCGUGACUCGCAGGGUAUUGCCCAGGUCCGAUUUGUGACUGGUAACAAGAUCCUCCGAAUCCUCAAGUCGGAAGGUCUUGCCCCCUCCAUCCCCGAGGACCUGUACCACCUGAUCAAGAAGGCCGUCAGCAUCCGCAAGCACCUCGAGCGCAACAGAAAGGACAUGGACUCCAAGUUCCGUCUGAUUCUCGUCGAGUCACGUGUGCACAGGCUCUCUCGUUACUACAGGCGAAUCGGUUCCAUUGCCCCCAACUUCAAGUACGAGGCUGCUACCGCUUCCACCCUCGUGGCCUAA